CAAUCGCGACGCCCGUUGCGGCGACAUCAGCCAAUGAAAUGCGGCGUAGCCUUAGCGCCUUUGCGCUACACACCCACAUCACUGUCGCGUGCACCACUUCGCAUGAGUUUGACUCCACUGGAAGCAUUCUCUCUGAAAAUCUAACGGGAACACCAGACAAAAGACGAGGCGACCAUGGCCGAAAGGAAAGCGGUGAUCAAGAAUGCUGACAUGUCCGAGGACAUGCAGCAGGACGCGGUGGAGUGCGCCACCCAGGCCCUGGAGAAGUACAAUAUUGAGAAAGACAUCGCUGCCUACAUCAAGAAGGAAUUUGACAAGAAAUACAACCCGACUUGGCACUGCAUCGUAGGAAGAAAUUUUGGCAGCUACGUGACUCACGAGACCAAACAUUUCAUCUAUUUCUACUUGGGCCAGGUGGCCAUCUUGCUUUUCAAGUCCGGCUGAGAAAGCGUGCACUCUAAUACCAACUACAACGCAUUACUGACUGACAAAGGCACUCAUUCCAAGGGUGGGGGGGUGGGUGGGG